UAAUCCAGGCCCAAAACCGAGAAAAAGCGUUUACUGAGAGGUAAUGUUGGAUCAAUGACGAAACACACGCAAAACACACACCACCUGUUGCCACCAAUCCCCACAUCAUCAUCAAGCACACAGAUUCCCCUUCUCUCUCAUCCCAAGUGAACCCACCAACCCACAAACGGCGAAGCCUUUCAAUUGACCACUGUUUGGUUCCGAGGAUAUCACCAAUUCCCAGCCGGAAAACCCCUCUUUUUGUCUUUUCCGGCAGCGUCCAAACAUGGUCUCCCCGGAAAACACCAACUGGCUCUUUGAUUAUGGACUGAUCGACGACACCCCUGUCCUGGAUGGGAACUUCCCUGUCUCCUCCUCCGGCUUCACUUGGCCCGUUCAGCCCCUCGCCGGCUCCUCUAGCGUCAGUGUUGAAAUUGAUGGUUCAUUGGGGGAUGCAGAGGGAGUUAAGGAAUCUGGCUCAAAAAAGAGGGUCAGAACUGAAUCAUGCAGUGGAUCUAGUUCCAAGGCGUGCAGGGAGAAGUUGCGAAGGGAUAGGCUAAACGACAAGUUUCUGGAAUUGGGCUCUAUAUUGGAGCCUGGAAGGCCCCCCAAGACGGACAAGGCUGCUAUAUUGGUGGAUGCUGUCCGAAUGGUGAAUCAGUUACGUGGUGAAGCCCAAAAGUUGAAGGACUCAAAUUCAAGCCUCCAGGAGAAGAUCAAGGAAUUGAAGGCAGAGAAGAAUGAACUUCGUGAUGAGAAGUCGAGGUUGAAGUCAGAGAAAGAGAAAUUGGAGCAGCAACUGAAGGCCAUGAAUGCACAGCCAGGCUUCUUGCCUCCCCCUCCUGCAAUUCCUGCUGCAUUUGCUGCCCAAGGCCAAGCUCACGGCAACAAGCUGGUGCCUUUCAUUGGAUACCCUGGGGUUGCCAUGUGGCAGUUCAUGCCACCUGCCUCAGUGGAUACUUCACAGGAUCAUGUGCUCCGCCCACCAGUUGCUUAAGUUGGCAAGAUCUAAGAUGAUUCGGGUGAUUUGGGAUAACAUUUUGUCCCCAACAAGUUUAUUGUCCUGUCAUUGCUCUUGUAUUUUUCCUUUUAUUGUCUACUAACUGAAUUUGGUGGGUGACUUAACUGUAUUUGCAACUGUAAUUGCAACCUGGGUACUUUUAUGAAUUAAUGAUGGUAUUCUCAUGUAAAUGGUAUUAACUACUAUUAAGUAAAUCUGGCAACUCCUCGUUA